UCCACCUGCCUUGGCCUCCCCAAAUGCUGGAAUUACAGGCCUGGGCCACCAUGCCCAAUCUAUCAUCUGCUUUUUUAGGUAAUUUUAUUGAGGCAGGCAGUAGUUGUAAAAUGCAGUCUCACAUCAUAGCUAUACUCUAAUGAGGAGGGUAUCUGGUUUCCUGUCUUCACAGUCUGACUAGAAGAUUCCCUCUUAGAAACCAUUAUACUGUAAAAACGGAAAAGAAAUAAAAUCCAAGAUUGGAGACUGAUUUGGUAAAUAUGUGCAUAAUUAUAAAUGAAUGUUUACUGUCAAAAAUAAUGUCUUAUUGCGGUAAUUACAUAAUUGAUAAUAUAUAGGCAAAUGGCAAAAAAAAUAGACUGGAGGCAGAGGUGACAGGAGUAAAUUUACUUAAAGUAUUUUUUGAACUGUUCUAUAUCUACUAGGAGAUUUUGAACAAUGACCCUGUAAUUCUAUCCAAAGGUAUAUAUACAAAGGAAUUGUAUCAAAUGAUAUUUGAGAGAAUGCUUUAGUAGAAUUAUUCAUAACUGUUCAAAAAAAAGCUGGCCAAAUAGAUAUUAAGGAUAGAUCAAUCAUUACAGUAAAUCCACACAACAGAACAACAUAGAGAAGUGAAAAAAAACAUAUGUACAUGCAACUCUGUGACUAAAUUUCAGAAACACAAUGUUGAGACCAAGAAACCACAACCAAGAAGAACAUGAAGGAUUGCACCUACACACAGUUGAAAGCAGGCCAGACCAAGCUGUGCAGUUUAGGGUUGCAUACCUAAUUGGUAAAGUAUAAGGAAAAUCAAGGAAAUGAUCAUCAUAAAUUAUGGGUAUUGUUUAUCUCCAGAGAUGUGAACAAGGGGUUACGGGCUUGGAAAGUGGCAUGGAGGUGGACCUAGGCUGUUUUCGGUGUUCCUUGUCUUGCCUGCCAUCAUGGUUACUUGAGUGCUUAUGAUACAUUGCGGUAUUUCCCAUUUUUGUUUUGGCUCAUUUCUAAGUGUGCGUUAUUAUUUUAACAUAAAAAUUUUAAAUUAGGAGAAAUAUCUUAUAAAAGUUUAUUAUUACUCAUUAUAUACUGCAGGAAAAAUAAACUAUUUGUAUACAUUCUUAUACAACUCUAAGAGAGUUGAAGUAAGAACUUUCUUAUUUAGUUGUAACAUGAGGAUAUUUGAGAUGAUGUUAUCUGUCACCUCCAGAUUUUUCCAAAGGAUUUCUUCUAGCCUUAAUUAUCCACCUCAUAGGAAUAAACCUUUGCCAUUCCCCAUCGAUUUUUUCCUUUUGGCUCCUGAAUUUCUGACACAACAAGGUUGUACAUAUUUUACACACUCUUAGUUUAGCAGAGUUCUUUUCUCAGUUAUGUUUUUCUGCAAGAGAAACCCUCCAAAACUACAUCAUAUAUUUAUAUAUUAUAUCUUUAGAUCUCAUUUUUCUAAGCCGGGUUUGGUGGAUGUCUCUGGGGAUUUGUGGUGGGCCAAAUUCUACAUCUUGGAGGUCGUUAGAGUUUGGCCAAUUUAGUCUGGAUCAGGUGGGGACAAUGUGCCUUCAUUAGUUUUUCAUUCUCCUUCUGGGAACAGUGUACUAGCUAGGAGAUAUUCUCAUCCUAAAUAGAAAGAGGAAAAACCCCAGUAUGGAAGCCAUCUCAAAUCUCUAUGCAAAGUAUAUUAAUUUUCAGUUCAUCAAAGCAAGCUAAAUUAUUGAACUUCAAGUUCAGGGGAAAAGUAGUCAGUCGUCCUGUGAUGGGAGGUUACUGCAAGAUUAUAUGUCAAAGGGCCUGGUACCCAUGAAUACUUAUAAAAUUGCUGAAUAUUUUAAUUAAAUAAUAAAUAUUUAAACUUUAGACUUGAAAAAACUUUACCAAAGACCUAAUAAUUAGAGAUGUGUUUGAUAAAUAAAUAUUGUUCAUGGGCUGAAAACCCUGAGUGGGAAAAUAGGACUAAUUUCAGCUGGACAACCCCCUGGAAACUCAUUUUAUAGUUUGGAAAUUACAAGAAAAUAAUUCAUUCCAUUCAUAAGUGGUGUGCACAUGUGUGUGUUUGUGCAUUUAUUUAUGAGCUUGUGAAUAAUGAAGUCACACAAAAGUAUUAGCAGCAACCAGAUCUUAUGGAGUACCUGCCUGCCUGUGGUUCUCAAGUAAAUCUUAGAUGCUUUUGAUAAAAGAAGGUUGAAUUCUGUGUAUUUAAAUCUGGUGUUUAAAAAAGACUGUAUAGGUCAUGAUCUUAGUUAUGACAAGCUCCCUUUAAGAAUUUAGAUAUUUACUAUAUGAUCUCUGUAUUGAGUUAUAAAACUUUUCUAACAACUAAAGUCACUAAAGACAGAUAAUGGAGAGGUUACACAAGGAAAACUUGCAAACACUGAAAGUGAAUAUGUCCUUGUUUGCAUACUAGCAAAUGAGAAUUCAGGGUUCAUGUCAACUUCAGUAUGAAUAAUUCCAGCCUAUAACAAGAACAGACAUGAGUGAAUGAGUUAAUUUGAGUUGUUUUGAAAUUAAAAAUGUUUUCCAUAAAGAGAGCAUUGAACUCAUCCAUUAGCAUGCUAUGGUGAUUUCUGGCUUUACACUGGUCACGAAAAUUAAAAGUAAAAAGAAUGGCACAGCAGAUACACAAAUCAGGUACAUAUAGAUUUUAAGGUCAGGAUAUUCAAGCAAUCACAACCUGCGAUGUUACACCGGCAUUUUAAAAAUUUCUUUCUGUCUGUUCAGACAUGAUAACUGUUCUAUCUAUCACUUUUUCCAUUCUAAUAAUGGUUAUAUUUGUUAUUGGAAAUUUUGCUAAUGGCUUCAUAGCAUUGGUAAAUUCCAUUGAGUGGGUCAAGAGACAAAAGAUCUCGUUUGCUGACCAAAUUCUCACUGCUCUGGCUGUCUCCAGAGUUGGUUUUCUCUGGGUAUUAUUACUACAUUGGUGUGCAACUGAGUUUAAUCUAGCUUUUUAUAGUGUAGAAGUAAGAAGUACUGCUUAUAACGUCUGGGUAGUGACCAACCAUUUCAGCAGCUGGCUUUCUACUAGCCUCAGCAUAUUUUAUUUUCUCAAGAUUGCCACUUUCUCCAACCUGAUUUUUCUUCACUUAAAGAGGAGAGUUAUGAAUGUCAUUCUGGUGAUGCUGUUGGGGUCUUUGCUAUUUUUGGCUUGUCAUCUUUUUGUCAUAAACAUGAAUCAGAUUGUACAGACAAAAGAAUAUGAAGGAAACAUGACAUGGAAGAUCAAAUUGAAGAGUGCAAUGUACUUUUCAAAUAUGACUGUAACCAUGCUAGCAAACUUUGUACCCAUCACUCUGACCCUGAUAUCUUUUCUGCUGUUAAUCUGUUCUCUGUGUAAACAUCUGAAGAAGAUGCAGGUCCAUGGCAAAGGAUCUCAAGAUCCCACCACCAAGGUCCACAUAAAAGCUUUGCAAACUGUGACCUCCUUUCUCCUGUUAUGUGCCAUUUACUUUCUGGUCAUAAUGCUAUCAGUUUGGAAUUUUGAGAGGCUGGAAAACGAACAUGUCUUCAUGUUCUGCCAAGCUACUGUAUUCAGCUAUCCUUCCACCCACCCAUUCAUCCUGAUUUGGGGAAACAAGAAACUAAAGCAGAUUUUCCUUUCAACUUUGUGGAAUGUGAGGUACUGGGUGAAAGGACAGAAGCCUUCAUCUCUGUAGAUUCACGAGAGGGGCCUUGUGUGUCUUCUAGCAGAAAACAAACUGGUGAUGUAUGAAACAUUUUCUAUUUCUUACUGGGUUUUCUGUAAUGUAUGUAUAUGAAUAAUUUCCAAAUGUAUACCUAGAAAAGUCUUUUACCUAAUGUUAGUCUAAAAAGCAUAUAUGUGUGUGUGUGUGUGUAUUUAUGUGUGUAUGAAAAACUGAAGAACAUUGACAAUAACAUGCUUUUUAUUGUUUUUUCAAAGAAUUGCCAAAUUAUAGAAAGUACGACAAAAAUUCCUCAGAAUUCUGAAGCCAUGUUUAUUUUAUGCAUGUAGUUUUUAUUUCAUUUGAAGAAUUUAUGUCUAUUUAUAAUUAUUAAGAACUAACAGCUUAUCUUGGGGAAAAUAUUGCUCUUUUGAUUGUUAUUUGAACCACACAAAUAUACCACAGUGUGCUUAGAAUUCGUUGUUUUAACCUAUAACUUUUUGGAUAAUAAUGUCAUUCAAUUCUAUCUCAAUAAUCAGGAUGUAUCUUUGGGGUUUUAUUCCAUUAUGAAUUCCUAUUUUAUGUUUAGUAAAAAGCAAACAGAAUUGUUGUUAGAAAACAAUGCACACAAUAAAAUUUGAGUCA